AUGGAUGAUGCGCCUAAGCCUAAGAGACCCCGGGCUAGGGAUGCUGAAGAGACCUUUCUUGGUAGCAUUGAUCAGGGCACUACGUCAACAAGAUUUGUCAUUUUCAAUGCGAAUGGCGAGCCCGUCGCGCUUCAUCAGAUGGGCUUGAGCAAUGUGCACCCUGAGUCAGGAUGGCACGAACAUGACCCUCUCGAACUACUCGAGACUGUAGAAACUUGCAUCAAAGAAGCCGCCAAGAAAUUUACCGAUAAAGGCUUCGAUAUUGCCAAAAUAAACGCCAUUGGAGUUACAAAUCAGCGCGAAACUACGGUUCUCUGGAACAAGAAUACCGGAGAGCCGCUCUACAACGCCAUUGUUUGGCCAGAUACUCGGACCAAGGCUCUUGUCCGGGAGUUAAAAGUCAAGGAAGGCUCCGACAAGCUCCUCGACUUAUGCGGUCUUCCUUUGUCCACUUACCCAUCCAGCGUUAAGCUCCUAUGGCUUCUGCAAAAUAACGAGGCUGUCAAGGCAGCCUACGACGAGCGUUGUCUUGCAUUUGGCACCGUUGACACUUGGUUGAUAUUCAGACUCAACGGCGGUGUUGACAGACAGGGCGGUCCCAUCUUUGUCACGGAUCCAACAAACGCCAGUCGUACCAUGUUCAUGAACCUCAGGACCCUCAAAUACGAUGAUCAACUGCUCGGCUUCUUUGACAUUGACCGCCAAAAAAUCUCUCUGCCCGAAAUCGUGCCUUCAUCCCACCCCACGGCCUUCGGCUCAUUAUCCCGCGGUCCUCUGCAGGGCGUUCGUAUCGCCGGAUGUCUAGGCGAUCAGUCAUCCGCGCUCGUAGGCCAACUGGGCUUCAAACCAGGCCAGGCAAAGAAUACCUACGGCACGGGCUGCUUCCUGCUUUACAACGUAGGCACAGCUCCCGUCAUCUCCAAGGGCGGCUUACUGGCGACAGUAGCAUACGACUUUGGCGACGGCAGCCCCGUCUACGCACUCGAAGGAAGCAUCGCCGUCGCAGGAUCCGGCGUCACCUUCCUAUUGAAUAAUCUCGGCCUCAUUGAGAGCUCCAAAGCCAUAGAUGAAGUGGCCCUCUCUGUCCCUGACAACGGCGGAGUCUACUUUGUCACAGCAUUCAGCGGCCUCUUUGCCCCUUACUGGAUUGACGACGCCAAAGGUACCAUCUUCGGUCUCACGGCACACUCACAAAAGGGCCACAUUGCGCGCGCCACCCUGGAAGCUGCGUGCCAUCAGACAUCCGCCAUACUAGAUGCAAUGGCCAAAGACUCUGGACGCGCCCUCUCCUCCCUCGCCGUCGACGGCGGGCUAUCCAAUUCCGAUCUCUGUAUGCAGACGCAGGCCGACUUGAGUGGGAUCAGAGUCGAUCGCCCGGCUAUGCGAGAAACUACAGCACUAGGCGCAGCGAUUGCCGCUGGACUGGCCACGGGCAUCUGGUCAAGCAUCGAUGAUUUGAAGGAUAUCAAUUCCACCAAUCGAACCAUUUUUGAACCCAGGAUUGGCAAAGAGAAGAGGACGGCGUCAAGAAAAAUGUGGGAAAGAGCCGUGGAAAUGUGUCGGGGUUGGAUAAGGGAUGAUUAG